AUGGCAGGCACCGGCCCGAAGCGGCGCGCGUCCGCGGCCCCCGCGGCGGCCGAGGAGGAGGAGCGGCAGGCGCGGGAGCGGAUGCUGGCGGCGCGGCGCGGGGACGGCGCGGGGGGCGCCGAGGGCGCGGAGGGCGUGACCCUGCAGCGCAGCAUCACGCUGCUCAACGGCGUGGCCAUCAUCGUGGGCACGAUCAUCGGCUCGGGCAUCUUCGUGACGCCCACCGGCGUGCUCAAGGAGGCGGGCUCGCCCGGGCUGGCGCUGGUGGUGUGGGCCGUGUGCGGGGUCUUCUCCAUCGUGGGGGCGCUCUGCUAUGCGGAGCUGGGGACCACCAUCACCAAGUCGGGGGGCGACUACGCGUACAUGCUGGAGGUCUACGGCUCGCUGCCCGCCUUCCUGAAGCUCUGGAUCGAGCUGCUCAUCAUCCGGCCCUCCUCGCAGUACAUCGUGGCCCUCGUCUUCGCCACCUACCUGCUCAAGCCGCUCUUCCCCACCUGCCCGGUGCCCGAGGAGGCCGCCAAGCUCGUGGCCUGCCUCUGCGUGCUGCUGCUCACGGCCGUGAACUGUUACAGCGUGAAGGCUGCCACCCGAGUCCAGGACGCCUUUGCGGCCGCCAAGCUCCUGGCGCUGGCCCUCAUCGUGCUCCUGGGCUUCAUCCAGAUCGGGAAGGGUGGUGUGUCCAAUCUGGAUCCCAAGUCCUCGUUUGAGGGCACCAAACUGGACGUGGGAAACAUUGUGCUGGCGUUGUACAGUGGCCUCUUUGCCUACGGGGGAUGGAAUUACUUGAAUUUCGUCACGGAGGAGAUGAUCAAUCCCUACAGAAACCUGCCCCUGGCUAUCAUCAUCUCCCUCCCCAUCGUCACCCUGGUGUAUGUGCUGACGAACCUGGCCUACUUCACCACCUUGUCCACGGAGCAGAUGCUGACGUCAGAGGCUGUGGCCGUGGACUUCGGGACCUACCACCUGGGCGUCAUGUCCUGGAUCAUCCCCGUCUUCGUGGGCCUGUCCUGCUUCGGCUCUGUCAAUGGGUCCCUCUUCACGUCUUCCAGGCUGUUCUUCGUGGGGUCCAGGGAGGGCCAUCUGCCUUCCGUCCUCUCCAUGAUCCACCCACGGCUCCUGACGCCCAUGCCCUCCCUCGUGUUUACGUGCAUCAUGACCCUCCUGUACGCCUUCUCUAGAGACAUUUUCUCCGUCAUCAACUUCUUCAGCUUCUUCAACUGGCUCUGCGUGGCCCUGGCCAUCAUCGGCAUGCUGUGGCUUCGCUACAAGAAGCCCGAGCUGGAGCGGCCCAUCAAGGUGAACCUGGCCCUCCCAGUGUUCUUCAUCCUGGCCUGCCUGUUCCUGAUCGCCGUGUCCUUCUGGAAGACCCCCGUGGAGUGUGGCAUCGGCUUCACCAUCAUCCUCAGCGGCCUGCCCGUCUACUACUUCGGGGUCUGGUGGACAAACAAGCCCAAGUGGCUUCUCCGUGGCAUCUUUUCCACGACGGUCCUUUGCCAGAAGCUCAUGCAAGUGGUGCCCCAGGAGACGUAAGCGAGAAGGGCCGAGAAGCUGCCGGAAAGAAACGCACAAAGAUUGUGAUAAAACAACUCACCUCGAAAAGCGACUCUAGUCCGGUCAUCCAGGCAGCUCAGCUGAGCGCCCCACACCGUCCCUCCGCCAGGUCAGGGGGCCGGGGCCACAGUAAAAACUGGUACGAAUCUAGUCCCAGAAAGUGAACUUCCACCCUUACCUCCGUGAGCGGUGGACCGAGGAGAGGCUGGGCCCCUGGCGCCCUGCGGACCAUUGUCCACGUUGGGCCCGUCUCCUUCCCACCUUGGUUUAUUUGUAUUAUUUUUUUAACUUAAGUUUUAGGUCAAGUUGACAACACCAUGAUGCUUAGUUUCUAAAGAACUGAGGGGGAGCGGGGAGAGUUUCCCCUCACGCCCCCCACGGCACGAUUGCCUCAGAGGGACCAGGUCGUUUGCGGAGCGCGACCCUCGGCCUGGUCUCGGUGCAGGCUCCCGGGAAGGGAGGGAUUCUGAGCACCAGACACUCCAGUCCCACGAACAGAGCGCCCAACACUCCGGCCUCGCCGCGUGGACCUCAGAGCUGCACUGACAGACGGCGGCCCAGACCACACGCUUGGCUUUUUUUUUUGUCGUCGCUUGUUGUCGUAGACGUAGUGAUUUAGCGAACACUAAUCUCGGGACUUAGGUCUCUUUGCCUUAAAGACCCAAGGGUAGAUUUCCUCUCCCGUCCCCAGAAGAGAGAAGAGAAAGUCACUAGAACAGCGGCCUUCAGAGAGUGACGCUGGCCCCAGCUCCACACAAGGCGGGUCCCGAGCCCGGUGCCUGCUGUAGGUGGGGGCCUCCGACAGAGGUCACGGGCAGCUGGACGAUCCCCGAGCUGAGCCGCCACCGGUGUGCACUACCCGGGAUGUCGGUGCAGAGCCAGCUCCGGGCCAGACCCCAGUCACCCGGGAUGCACAGGGCUUCCGACCUCGUACGUCCCACCCUGGACGCCAGCCUCAGCAACGGCAGCGCCAUGGCAGGACUCGGACGUCUUCUGUGCCCGUCGGACGUGGGCCGUGGGUGGCGCCGCCUCCAGCCCGCUCUGCAUACAGCAUCAGAACCGGGCUAUAGCUUUUUCAGGCAAAGCCCCAGACUUGGAAUCUUCUAGAACCGACCAGAUGAGAAAGGCAGACACUGUGACCCCUCGUGGGCUUCCCAGCCGGGGAGUCCCUCAAGGCAGCCGCCUCCCAGCCGGGGCCUGAAGAACCGACCUCACGGGCUGGACGACACCCCAGCCAACUGCCUGGCCCCAGCCCCGGCCCCCUCCUGCACGGCCGGGCCCUCGUCACCGCUCUGACUGCUGCUCCGGAGACUUGUGUCUCUGUGGUUCCCAAGGCGCCUUCCCCAGGGGCGGCAGCUGGGGCCCGGCCAGUGUGUCCUACUCUGGCUGGCGACCCCGGGUUACCGCUGUGUGAGGGCAGGGAGCACCGCCCUCCAGGGUCGUGCAUCUCCCACCAGACCCCCAUCUUAGGCCCCGGGUGGCUCUGCUUUGGUCCCUGACUGCUGACCACCUCCCCAGGGGCGCGCUGAGCUGAGCCCUCAGGCGUCCGGAGGCUGAGAAGUGGGCCGGGCCGCCAUUCCUCCUGCUUGGGGGCUGAGCACAGCGCUGGCUCUGGGGGGACGCAGGGGGCUGGGGGGCGGG